AAUAUAAGUAGUAGUUUAUAUUUUGAUAGUUUUAACACUAUUUAAUAUAAAAUGUGUAUAUUUUAUAACAUUUUAUACAGCUAAAUUGUUUAACCAUUGAACCAUGCUCAGGCCUGACAACCCUAAUGCUCUCUUGCGCCGCCGCUCUCAGGCAACCAGACGUCACCAGCUGAGCCACCAACAACAAUCGCCUUCGUCACCAGAUGUAUUUUGGUGUUGUUGCUGGUUGCAUUUUAUUUGGUUUAAAAAACUAAAAAGAGAGCAAACAAACGGUGGGAAAGCAUUCCGCGACAACGCAACAAUUUGCAGUCAACCAGCACGUGUGCCACUAAGCCAAAAUUAGAAACGGGACGAGAGCAGGAGGAACACUGUGCCAGCGAGUGACGUGCUUGACAUUGAACAACAUUCGCGCGGGUCUCAGUCUCAGUGAAAUAGGCGAAAAUAAAACGAGGAAGCGCCAAUAUAACCAAUACCAACAUAACGCGUCAGCCGUAUCAGCUGUUGGCCAAGUGCGUGCGGGUGAAAAAAUUCAUUAUUAAUUGUGCCACAGGCGAAGUCACAGCCGAACGGAUUCCUCACCCGUUUUCCACAUUCCCUCCUCAUCUGAGUUGAGUUUCCAGUGCAGCGACACUAGCAGUACGAGCAGCAGGGGCAGCGGCAGCGGCAGCAGUCUGAACUGGAAAUUGCAGGCAAUUGAGCGAGCAUUUACUCAAAUCACUGUUGUGUAAUCACUUGUAAAAGAUGAGCGCUCCUCCCAAGAAGCACACCUCCAAUGCCAUCAAAUUUCUAUUUGGUGGCCUCUCCGGAAUGGGAGCCACCAUAGUGGUUCAGCCUCUGGAUUUGGUGAAAACCCGCAUGCAGAUCUCUGGAGCUGGCAGUGGAAAGAAGGAGUUCAGGAACUCCUUCCAUUGCAUGCAAACGAUUGUCAGCAAGGAGGGAGUCCUGGCUCUCUACACGGGAAUCGGAGCUGCCUUGCUGCGACAGGCCACCUACACCACCAGUAGGUUGGGCAUUUAUACUUACCUGAACGAUCAGUUUCUGGAGCGAUUCAAGCACAACCCCGGCGUUCUGCACAGUAUGGUGAUGGGAACGGUAGCCGGAGCCUGUGGUGCGUUCAUCGGUACUCCCGCUGAGGUGGCGCUUAUACGGAUGACCUCCGAUGGACGCCUGCCGGUGGCGGAGAGGAGGAACUAUACCAGCGUGCUUAAUGCCCUGUCCAGAAUCACGACUGAGGAAGGAGUCGCAGCCCUCUGGAAGGGAAGCUUGCCCACCGUGGGCCGAGCCAUGAUAGUGAACAUGACCCAAUUGGCCAGUUACUCCCAGUUCAAGGCCUACUUCCGGGAUGGGCCUCUUAAAAUGCAAGAGGGCAUUCCAUUGCACUUCUGUGCCAGUAUGCUGAGCGGUCUCUUGACCACCAUGACGUCCAUGCCAUUGGAUAUUGCCAAAACUCGCAUCCAAAACAUGAAGACCAUUGAUGGCAAACCCGAGUACCGGGGUACUGUCGAUGUGUUAUAUAGGGUGGCCCGCCAGGAGGGCCUCUUCUCGCUGUGGAAGGGAUUCACACCCUACUACUGCCGGUUAGGUCCGCACACUGUGCUGACCUUCAUUUUGCUGGAGCAGCUCAACAAGGCCUAUAACACAUACAUUAAUAGCGCCAAAGCCAAUGUGUAGAAAUAGCGGCCAGAGGAAAACAGAUUAUCGAAGCGUGUAAAUAACGUUAAGUUUAAACCAACAUAGGGCAUUUAAAUGUCGGCAAUUCCGGAGACAAUAUUACGAUUUAACGACGAUUAGCUUGGAAGAAAGUUUUGUAGCGCCAUUAUAAUGGAUUCUCAAUAAAGCACAUGUUAAAAGUG